UGAGGAGAUUGAGGGGAGGAGUGAGGAGGCGGAGUGAGGAGGGGGUGAGGAGCGGUUUGCGCGCUGUCAGACGGCAGUAUUUAUUGUGCAGUGUGUGAGCCGCUGAUGGGGGUUCAGGGCUUCCAGGAGUUUAUUGAGCGCCACUGCUCGGCGGCGGUGGUGCCGGUGGAGCUGCAGAAACUGGCCCGGGCUCGGGCGGCGCGGCACCGGGCGGCGGGGGGUACGCGAGGCCCCGGCUCGGGGCCUUUCCCGCCGCCGCCGCUCCGCCUGUUGCUGGACGCCGAGAGCGGCCUCCACCGGCUGUACGGCGGCUACUUCACGGACUGGGUGAGCGGCGGUCAGUGGAACCAGAUGCUCGGCUUCGUGGCCGCGCUGUCUCAGGCCUGUGCGGCCGGCGGCGUCCAACUGGUCGUGGCCUUCAAUGGCGCCUUAGCCAAGAGCCGCCUCCCCGACUGGGGCAAACGGCAGCUCCAGCAGCGCCAGAGCAGCCAACUGAUCGUCAACCACAUCCACAGCAAAGGCACCCCCCCGCCCAAGGUCUGGUUCCUGCCCCCGCCCGGGCUGGCGGCCUGUCUCAGGCUCGCGCUGCUCCGCUUCCGUGUGCAGGUGAUUCAGAGCACUGAAGAUCAUCACCAGGAAGUGCUGUCCUUCUACCGGGAGAAUGGCUUCCACGGGCUGAUCGCCUAUGAUUCGGAGUAUGCCCUGUGUAACGUGCAAUGUUACCUCAGCGCGCAUGCGCUGAAGCUCAGCUGGAAUGGGAAAAGCCUCACCACAAACCAGUUCCUGAUGCAGGAAGUGGCCAAACAGCUGAACGUCAACCCUGCCUACUUCAGCAUCUUUGCAGCUCUGUUGGGCAACCACAUUCUCCCAGAUGAAGAUUUGGCGGCUUUCCAUUGGAGCCUCCUUGGCCCAGACCAUCCUCUGGCAUCUCUCAAGGUCAGGGCUCAGCAGUUAGUGCUGCCGCCCUGUGACGUGGUUAUUAAGUCAGUCGCUGUCUACGUCAGCAACAUCCCUGAUGUCAGUGACCUGGACACGGUGGCAAGGGACGUCUUCAAACAUUCUCAGUCCAGGACCCAGGACAAAAUUGAUCGUUUCAAGAGAGCUGUGGAGUACUACGCGAUGGCCAGCAAACCCCAAUCCAUCCCCCUCGGGCCAGCACCACUCCUACUGCAGGGCUUCGCUCCCAGUCAGUUUGGAAUGCCAUCGUUUGCUGGAGCCCAGAUACCAGGCGUCUCUCAGCCAAAACACGUGUUCCCCCAGCACAUGAUGCAGAAGCUGCCGUAUCAAGCCUUCCCGCCUGGCCACAAUCCUGGCCUCUUCUUUUCUCCCUCUCACAGCCACCUAGUCCAGGGGCCAUCCUUCGACCCCCAGGCCACUAAGUUACCCCUCGGGCAGAAAGGUCCCGGCCCCCUGCAGCAGGUGGGGAAACACGUCUCAUUAAGCAGCUGGUCUGGAACCCCUGUCUCCUCCUCCAUCAAGAUUAACAACCACAUGGUUCCCAAGGACUCCUCACUCUCCUCUCCCGACAUGGAGGAGAACAGACAUAGAGGGGGAACCUCAACCAACCAUAUCCCCAAACAACAACCUCCACACAAGGUGACGGGGGCCAGAGAGAGCACAGUAAGAGGCAACCCUGAGGGCUUCCCCGAUACCAGGCCUGGGGUUAGGAAGCCCACUGGGUGUGUGACUCCUGUUAGCCCCACAGCUCACAUUCCCUCACUACUCUCCAUGCAAACCAGGAGCCACAUGGACAUCACCACCCCUCCCUUGCCUCAGGUGGCCCCUGAGGUGCUCCGUGUGGCUGAUCACAGGCACAGGAAGGGCCUCAUGUACCCCUACAUUUACCAGGUGCUGACAACAGGGGAGCUCAAGCUGCCGGUGUGUAUCGAGGACGAGGCUAACAGUGAGCUGCCUCCAGCCACCCUGUUGUACCGCUCAGCCCGUCAGUACGUGUAUGGGGUUCUCUUCAGCUUGUCAGAGACACAGAGGAGAGCCCAGAGGCUGGCCAUGAGGAGGAGGAUUCCUGUGGAAGUGCCUCCGGUCAUCAUUAAAGAGUGGGCAGCAUACAAAGGCAAGUCUCCGCAGACGCCCGAGCUGGUGACGGGGCUGAUUUUCCGUGAGUGGACCUGCCCCAACCUGAGGAAGCUGUGGCUGGGGAAGGCGGUGGAGGACAAGAACAGGAGGAUGAGGGCUUUCUUAGCCUGUCUGAAGUCGGACACCCCGGCCAUGCUUAACCCGGCCAAUGUCCCCACCCACCUACUGCUGCUGUGCUGUGUGCUGCGGUAUAUGAUGCAUUGGCCGGGCGGGAGGAUUCUGCACCGACAGGAGCUCGAUGCCUUCCUGGCCCAGGCCGUGUCCUCCAAGCUGUACGAACCCGACCUCCUGCAGGAGCUAAAGAUUGACAAGCUGGAUGCCCGGGGUGUAGAGUUGGCUGCCCUGUUUAUGAGCGGAGUGGACACAGCGCUGUUUGCUAACGAUGCCUGUGGACAGCCCAUACCCUGGGAGCACUGCUGCCCCUGGAUCUACUUUGACGGGAAACUCUUCCACAGCAAGAUGGUGAGAGCCACCCAGCAGAAGGUUCCCCUACUGGAGCUGUGUGAUGGUCAGGCUGACCAGGUUGCCAAGGUGGAGAAGAUGAGACAGAGUAUCCUGGAGGGGCUGAAUUUCAGCCGCCACCCGCUGCCUCCGCCCUCCAUGCUGCGUCCCCCCUUCGCUCCUCCAAUGAUGGGGCCGUUCUACCCAAUGCCAGUUUACAGUCGGCCUGUUGGCUCAGUGCCACCCCCUCACGGCAGGGGCCGGUGUUUCGCUGGUAUGGAGCAGAUUGCCCACCAGGGCGGGAAACUGGAGAUCGCUGGGAUGGUGGUGGGGCAGUGGGCUGGGAGCCGCCCAGCCCGGGGGAGAGGGUCCCUCAACCUCCAGGUAGUGUCUGUCGGGGGUCACGGCAAAGGGAGAGGCCGGGAUCGAGACCCACUGAGCUCAGCCAGAGCAGCUCGAGGGAGUAGUCACCGCAACCAAGCAAAUCCCACUGACAACAGCCAGCAGAACCAGGGAGGGGCUGGGGUGACAGCUCCAGGCGAGACCAUGAGAGAGACCCCCGGACCAGCCCCCAGCGAGAACUCCAGCCACCAGGGACCCCCCGAGGAGGUGGACACAGACACUCACGUGCCAGUGGAGCUCCCCAGCGAGGCCGCAGCAGCCCCCAUCGAUACGCCCAGUGAGAUGCCAAGAGAGACCUCGAGAGAGAUCCCGAGAGACACGCCCGGACCAGCCCCCAGCGACACCCCCAGCAAGACUCUCGGAGCCGCCCCCAGCGAGACGCCCAGAGAGACCCCCGGACCAUCCCUCGAGCAGCAAGGACCCGCUGAUGAGGUGGACGCAGACACACACACAGACUCGACAGCGGAGCCAGAGCCAGCGGAGCUACAGUCAGAGCCGGGCUGGGGACAGCCACAGCUGAAUGGCCGAGCUGAUGGUGCUAACGGGGAGCACAGCCCAGACACACGACCACAAAGUGCCUUAAUGAAAGACUGUGACGUGUGCAAUAGACCUUCUCAUUUACCUUCUGCACUAACCCUGGACGUUGACUGUCACAGUGGUCGGACGGCAGCCGCUGCUGCACAACAGGACGAGGAGUGAAACGCCGCUGCUAUAGAGGUUUCUCUCUAAUGUAUUUUUCCGAUUACUUUGUUGGGACGUCAGGCGCAGUGAUUCCUUCCCCUCCUCCUGUCUGCCCCAGUGACGUCACUGACUGGGCACCUACCCCUGUGACAUCACUGACUGGGCACCUC